AUGGCAGUUGCGGCAAAUGCAUCCGAGGUCACGUUGCCCUUGUGGGGCCAAACCAACGCGAUGCACCAGUUCUGUGAAGGUAAGUACGUGGUCUCCCCGCUCUUCGCAGAGUUCUGGAAUUCUGUCAGCAAUAUCCCUUUCUUUUGCAUUCCUGCGCUCUAUUGCUUGUACAGGGGUCAUGGAGUCUAUGACCUGCGUGUGCGGAUGAUUUGGUUCAGCAUGUUUGUGGUGGGCUUCGGUAGCUUCAUGUUCCACGGCACCAUGCGCUUCGAGUGGGAGAUGUGGGAUGAGGUUCCCAUGUUCUUCUUGGUGCUGUCAGCCAUGGUGUCGAAAGAUGACGCCCAUUGGAUCAGCUCCGGGAUCUACAAGCGAAUCAUUCACGUCAUUGGCUUCGGCAGUGCAUUUGUGGGCAUGGGCAUGUAUUUGUUUUGGAGCGAUUACGAGAUUUUCCUCCACGCCUUUACUGUCGUGGUCCUACUGGACUUGAUCCUCAGCUUUAUUUGCACCCAAUCUCCGGACAAGCACGGCUCCCACAUUUCAAGUGGCCUUUUGAUAGGCUAUGCCGCAUCGAUCGGCUCGGGCAAGCUCUUUUGGGAGAUCGAGCGGUUCGCAUGCCCUGCGGGCAGUGGGGGAGUUAUGGCUUGGCUGCAUGUGCUGUGGCAUUUCUUGGCGGGCCUCGCGGUCUACUUCGGGUCCUUAAGUGAUGCUCAAGUUCGUUAUGCCGCCCACGGCAUUGGUCGAGCCGUGGAUGAUCCCGAAGACCCGUGGCCGUUGGUUUGGUUAUGGAGCACCUGGCUCCGUCCCAAGCAAUCGAAGACCGACUGA